AUGAGCCAGAAUUUAAGAAGAAAAAGAUCUACUAGUUUGAAUAAUAGUUCAUUAGAAGAUGGUUUGAAGCCAUUCCCAUCUUAUAAGAACAGUAGCUCUGUGGAAACUGAAAAUAUUGAUAACAUCAGUCAAUGUAAAGAGAGUUUAGAACCAGUCACUAGUGCCACUGUGGAUUCGGAACCUGUUAAAGAUCAUAGACGGAGGAGAUCUUCAAGUAUAAUAUCACACGUCGAGCCAGAGACUUUUGAAGAGGAAAAUGACCAACAGUUGCUUCCAAAUAUGAAUGCUACUUGGGUUGAUCAAAAAGGAGCUUGGGUCAUUCAUAUUGUUAUAAUUGCAUUAUUGAAACUUUUCUACAAUUUCCUACCAAUAAUUACAGACGAAUGGUCAUGGACUCUGACUAAUAUGACUUAUGUCAUUGGAUCCUAUGUCAUGUUCCAUUUGAUUAAAGGUACCCCAUUCGAAUUCAAUGGCGGUGCUUAUGAUAAUUUGACAAUGUGGGAACAGUUGAAUGAUGAAACUUUAUAUACUCCUUCAAGAAAGUUUCUAUUUAUUGUGCCAAUAUCGUUAUUUUUAGUUAGCACUCAUUAUGGUCAUUUUAGUUUGAAUUUCUUCGUUGGAAAUUUUAUAUUGACUAUAUUUGUUGGUAUCGUUCCAAAAUUACCAUUGACACAUAGAUUGAGAAUUUCUAUCCCUGGUAUCACAGGUCGUGCACAAAUUGGUUAA